CAAGUGCCAAAACUGAACCAUCUUUUUCCCCUCUUCUCGGUAAAUUGCAAAACCCCGGCGCUCUCUUAAUCCCUUCAUACGGUUUCUGGUUGGAGUCUAAUCUCCAUUCGUUCGUAGCUGUCGAACUUCUGCCAUUUGAUCCAAUCAUAAUCGCGAUCGAGAUGAAUGGAGGGUAUGUUAACGGCGAAUUAGGUCAGCUUCGAGCCACUAUGCAAACAAUCGAAAUUGCGUGCAGCUCUAUUCAGAUAAAUGUAAAUCCAACGGCUGCUGAGGCCACUAUAUUGUCUCUAUGCCAGUCUGCUCGACCAUACCAGGCAUGCCAGUUUAUUAUUGAAAAUUCUCAAAUGGCAAAUGCAAGAUUCCAAGCAGCCACAGCAAUUCGAGAUGCAGCUAUACGAGAAUGGUCAUUUCUUUCAUCCGAAGAAAAAAAAAGCUUAAUUAGUUUUUGUUUGUCCUAUGUAAUGAAACAUGCAAGCUCACCAGAGGGCUAUGUUCUAACAAAAAUUUCAUCCGUUGCAGCUCAACUGAUGAAAAGGGGCUGGCUGGAACUUACUGCUGCAGAAAAGGAUGGAUUUUUCUAUGAGAUAAAUAUGGCUAUUGCUGGAAACCAUGGACUAGAAGUGCAGUUCAUUGGACUCAAUUUCCUUGAGUCACUGGUGUCUGAAUUUUCUCCAUCUACUUCUACUGCUAUGAGCCUUCCUAGGGAGUUCCAUGAGCAAUGCCGAAAAUCUCUAGACCAUGAUUAUCUUAAGAAUUUUUAUUGUUGGGCAUUGGGGGCUGCACAAAGUGUUACUACUGAAAUUACAAAUUCUGAUGCUUCUGUCUCAGAAGCAAGAGUUUGUACAACUGCACUUCGUUUCAUGCUUCAAGUCCUUAAUUGGGACUUUAGUAGCAGUGGUAGAGUUGCAAAAAACAGCAUAGAUGUUUAUUCCUUUGUUGCUAAAGAAGAUAGUAACUCCACUUAUACGCUAGUCCAGCCUGGCAUUUCAUGGCGUGAUAUAUUGGUGACAAGUGGUCACACAGGGUGGCUUUUGGGGUUGUAUAGUGUCCUCAGAGAGAAAUUCUCAAGUAAAGCUUACUGGAUUGAUUGUCCUCUUGCUGUUUCUGCUCGAAAGCUCAUAGUACAGCUUUGCUCUCUUACAGGAACUGUAUUUCCAUCUGAUGCUGGUGUUACACAAGGGAAGCAUCUUCUGCAACUGGUAUCUGGAAUCAUUCUAUGGAUUCAUCCUCCUGAUGUUAUUGCAAAAGCAAUCGAAUGUGGAAGAAGUGAAAGUGAAUUGCUUGAUGGUUGUCGUGGACUGUUAUCCAUAGCUGCUGUUACCAAUCCUGUUAGUUUUGACAACCUCUUGAAACAAAUAAGGCCUUUUGGCACACUCAGUCUGUUGUCUGGCUUAAUGUGUGAAGUUGUUAAAGACCUUAUGACCAAAGAUUUAGAAGAUGAGCCAUGGAGUUGGGUUGCACGUGAUAUCUUACUAGACACAUGGACAACACUUCUAACAGAUACAAACAAUUCUGGAGUGAAAUCAUUGCUUCCACCUGAAGGAAUAAAUGCUGCUGCCAAUCUUUUUGCCCUAAUUGUAGAAUCAGAACUAAAGGCUGCAUCAGCCAGUGAAGAGAAAGAAGACUACUUUCAACCCUCUGUAGUUGCCAUGGAUGAGAGAUUGAGCUCUUAUGCCCUUAUUGCACGAGCUGCUAUUGAUGUUACAAUCCCUUUUCUUACUCAACUUUUUUCUGAGCGAUUUGCAAGGCUUCAUCAGGGAAGUGGAAUAAAUGAUCCAACUACAACAAUGGAGGAGCUGUAUUCACUUUUGUUGAUAACUGGUCAUGUAUUGGCAGAUGAAGGAGAAGGAGAAACACCCUUGAUACCAAUGGCUAUAGAAACACGUUUUCCAGAGUACGUAGAAACAGACAAACAUCCAGUAGUUGUACUUUCAUGGUCUAUCAUAAAGUUUGCUGAGCAGAGUUUAGAUCCAAACAUAAGAGCAGCUUUCUUUAGCCCUAGGCUUAUGGAGGCAAUUAUAUGGUUCCUUUCACGAUGGUCUUCUACAUAUUUGAUGACAACUGGAGAAAUGCAAAGUUAUAGAAACUCCAUUGAUGAAGUUACACUGCUUCUGAUGCAACGUUCCAGAGAAGCAUUGCUUAGUUUUUCUGCUGAACAUACUCAGGGAAAACCCUUACUCAACAUUAUUGUGCGAAUAUCACUUACAACACUCAUUUCAUAUCCUGGAGAAACUGAUUUACAGGCUCUCACAUGUAAUCAGUUGCUUGGUGGACUUGUUCGCCGGAAAAAUAUCUGUGCACACCUUGUCACAUUGGAAGCAUGGCGUGAUUUAUCUCAUUGCUUUGCCAAUGAUAGAGUCAUAUUCUCACUAAAUGCCACUCACCAGCGUUCCCUGGCUCAGACCCUUGUUCUUUCAGCUUCUGGAAUAAAAAGCUCAGUGGAAGCAAAUCAGUACAUAAGGGAUCUCACAAAUCAUAUGACAGCUUAUCUUAGUGAUAUAUCUGGCAAGAAAGAUAUCAAGACUAUUUCUCAGCAGCCAGAUGUUAUUCUCGCUGUGACUUGCUUAUUGGAGCGACUUCGAGGAGCUUCAAGUGCUUCAGAACCACGUACACAAAAGGCACUUUAUGAGAUGGGAUUUUCAGUGAUGCAAUCAAUUCUUAAAUUUAUUGAGGUUUACAAGGAUGAGUCUGCAGUUGUGUAUCUGUUGCUUAAGCUUGUUGUUGAUUGGGUGGAGGGGCAAAUCAUCUACUUGGAACCUCAUGAGACUGCAGUGGUUAUUGACUUUUGUAUGCAUCUUCUUCAGCUUUACUCUUCUCACAACAUUGGCAAGAUAUCCGUAAGCGUUUCAAGCAGUUUAUUAAAUGAAGCAAAUGCUGAAAAAUACAGGGAUUUACGUGCUUUACUACAACUGCUUCAAAAACUAUGCACAAAGGAUAUGGUUGAUUUUUCAUCUGCUGCCAAUGAGGAACAACAGACAAGCAUUUCUCAAGUUAUAUAUGUUGGUGUUCACAUUGUUAGCCCUUUGAUUACAACAGAAUUGCUCAAGUAUCCUAAGCUUUGUUAUGAUCAUUUUGCCCUGCUGUCACAUAUGUUGGAAGUUUAUCCCGAAAUGAUUCCCAAAUUGAACCAUGAAGCCUUCAGUCAUAUUUCAGGAACCCUUAUUUAUGGCCUCCAUCAACAGGAUGAAGAAGUUGUUGGGAUGUGCUUGAGAUCUCUGAGAGCCCUUGCAGUCUACCACUACAAAGAGAGAGGUGUUGGUAGAGAUGGUUUAGGUCCACAUGCCACAACCUAUAAGGACAAUGAUGGAAAUUUUCAGGAUGGCAUUCUUAGUAAAUUUUUACGUUCUCUACUUCAACUAAUCCUCUUUGAGGAUUACAGCACGGAUCUUGUAGGAGCAGCAGCUGAUGCUCUUUUUCCAUUAAUUCUCUGUGACCAUGAUCUUUACCAGAGAUUAUGUAACGAAUUGAUUGAAAGGCAACCGAAUCCAAUAUUCAAAACAAGGAUGGCGAGUGCAUUGCACUCGCUAACAACCUCGGACGAUCUGUCUCCAUCGGCCGACCGCUCAAACAUGAGAAAGUUCCGGAAGAAUCUAAACCGUUUCCUUAUUGAUGUUCGUGGGUUUUUGCGGGUAAUUUGAUUAUAUAAUAUAAACAACCUUAAACUUUUCAACGGCGGCUGACAAGUUCUUCCGGAACAAUGUAUUCUGUUGGGAUACUCGUGAUGAUUAGACGAACGUGUAGCCGAUCCGAUUAGUCAUAUUCAUACACAAGAUUGUUUGUUGUUUUUUUUAUUUGUUUUGUUUGUACAGUGUUUUUUCUAGUCUCUACUAGAAAAUAGUGGAUUUAUUUGUUUGAUAUUUGGGUGUAUUUUCAUUGAAAUGUCAAAAAAGGAAGAGUAUUGGACUCUAA